CUCAAUCUCACUCAGGCGGUUUUGGUGCAUGUCUUCAACUCUGCGCCUGUUUGCUGGAAUAAUCUGGGAAACGUUUGAAUUCGGACAUGGAUCGAUCCUUUGAGUAGAACUGUUCCCUUCAAACAGUUAAGGGUCAGACCCGGGAGACGAGAUGAACGCUUGAGUUUUGAUUGACUUCGGAGAGCUUUAAGGCUUGGGAAUCGCCCUCAGUUGCGCAUAUGCAGUUUUUAAAAUUUGUAAAAUAUUAUAUUAUUUGGAGUCGGGUGCUUUUUAUUUCCAAGUAAUGACAGGCUCAUCAAAGCAGAAAAAUAAAUCUGGUAGGCUAUUAUGAAAUUUAAUACAGAUUUUGUGAUUUUCUGGACACAUCUCAUGUGUCCUUCUAUGAGUCCAACCAUUUUCAAUUUCAUAUAGACUUGAAAAGGACUAUUUAUAGUGGAAAUUUACCCGAAACACAACCUUUUCUGUCAAAUGGCUGAAGAUAAUGAAACGUACAGUGCUUGCGAAUUCAUUAAAGACCGGCUGUACUUUGCCACUCUACGUGUCAGACCAAAGAAUACAGCCAACACACACUACUUCAGCAUGGAUGAGGAGCUCGUAUAUGAGAGUUUCUAUGCAGACUUUGGCCCGCUGAACCUGGCCAUGCUGUACAGAUACUGCUGCAAAGUCAAUACGAAUCUCAAGUCCUUCACACUGUCUAGGAAGAAACUGGUCCACUAUACAAGUCAUGACCAGAAGAAACGAGCAAAUGCUGCUCUGCUCAUUGGUGCUUAUGCUGUUAUUUAUUUGAAAAGAAGCCCCGAAGAAGCCUACAGGACUCUGAUCUCAGGAAACAACACAGGCUAUCUGCCAUUCAGGGAUGCAGCAGUGGGAGAGUGCGUCUUUAACCUUACUCUCAUCGAUUGCUUACAAGGAAUAAGUAAGGCAUUAGAACAUGGUUUCAUCAACUUUGAACGUUUUGAUGUUGAGGAAUAUGAACAUUAUGAGCGAGUAGAAAACGGGGAUAUGAACUGGAUCAUUCCAGGAAAACUUCUGGCAUUCAGCAGUCCUCACCCUCACAGUAAGAUGGAGAAGGGUUAUCCGCUCCACGCACCAGAGGCAUAUUUUGAUUACUUUCGGCAAAAUGACAUCAAAGCUGUAGUCCGUUUUAAUAGGAAGUUGUAUGACAGUAGAAAGUUUGAGGAUGCUGGAUUUGAGCACCAUGACCUCUUCUUCCACGAUGGGACCACGCCCUCUGACCUCAUCAUCAGGCGCUUCCUGCACAUAUGUGAAAGUACUGAAGGAGCUGUGGCUGCACACUGUAAAGCUGGCCUUGGCCGUACAGGCACUCUCAUUGGCUGCUACCUGAUGAAGCACUUCUGGUUCACUGCAGCUGAGGCCAUUGCAUGGGUCAGACUUUGCCGGCCUGGUUCCAUCAUUGGCCGCCAGCAAAACUUCUUAGAAGAGAAACGGCACAGUUUAUGGGUCCAAGGUGACGUCCACCGCUCCAAACAGAAGCUCAUUCAGCAAAGACUGAGUCGGCGGCAGCAGCUACAACGACAUCGUCAGCAGCAGCAGCUUCACAGCUUGGACUCUGAGGGAGGAAAACAAGAAGCCAUGUCCCACCUUCUUUCCAGCAUGGAUGUCCUAUCAGUCAACUCCACCCUUCACAAGUCGUACAGCUUAGAUGAGAGUAACUUCCAAGAAGGUAGCCUCACUCAGGGAGAAAGACUGACAGAACUGAAGGGAAAACGACCAGCCAGAUCAAACUCCUCAAGGUUAAACCUUUCCAAAGCCUGUCACUGCUCCAUUAUGCCACCUCCAAACUCUUCUACAGUCCCAAUAUCCUCUUCCUCUUCAUCUUCUAAGAAGCUUGUAGGAAGCUCGUCCUCCCUCACAACGCAGAUGUGAGUGUCUGUAUUCAUGAACAAUUUAAAUUGCAGCAAACCAAAACUAUUACGCCCUUUUUUACUAAGAGCAAAACAAGCAUAUAGCAACAACUUACUGUGCCGAUAUUCAUAUAAUGUUCACGUCAUCCAGAUUAAAUAUGCAGUGGAGCGAUGGAAUGAAACGAUGAAAUGAAAGAAUUCUAAAGCCAAUUAAUCUGUCUCCUACUCUCUCCCCAGCCCCUUCAGACUCGGUCUGCUCAGCACCAGGCCUGCUGCCAUGCACUGAUGUCAAGCUUUGCACAAGUUAAAUAAAAUGCUUAUGUAAUAAACCGGUCGACAAAGUAAUUGGAGGGAUUCACAUAAUCAAGAGUCAAAGUAAAGAAACGUGUAUACCUCUUACUUACUUGCACCGUGUUGGAUGACCACCGCUGCCCGCAGCUAUACGAUAUUUGCACUAUGGUGCUGAAAGUAUUCAAAUGUACAAGCCAAUAAAGGUGAUCUACGCACACUUACAUCUAUGAGGUGUAAACUUUGUUUGCGCUCUUGUUAUAGAGGACCUUCAUCAAAGCCAAAAGACUCAUCUGGAACAUAAUAAUAAUGAUUUUAUUUAGUAAAGUACUCAGAGACCCUUUACAAAUGAUCAAAUAAAAUAAAUCUGUACACUAAAAACAAUUUCACUCACAUAUUAAAAGCAGCAAUGACUUUGUAUUGUAUCAGUUGUAUCCAACUGUUGCAGUAGUCGAUUCUGGAAGUGAUGAAGGCAUGGAUCAGGAGUUUCGGCAACAGAUAAUGAAAGUGAUAAGUGGAGAUGGGCUAUAUUUUUUAAGUGGAAAGGCAAUUCUGGUGAUAUGUUUGACGUGGUGUCCGAAGGAGAGGUUGCUCUCAAACAUAACUCAGACAUUGCAUAUAUGACCAUGUUCAGCUGACAUCUGGGCUCCCCACCUGUCCAUCAUUAGACCCUCGUCACCGCCAGUUGAAAUACCCAAGCUUCCUGCUCUCUCAUCGGCAGAUUGUUUCUUCAGCUCAGUGGUAGCUAUACUCUCGGCCCCUUUUGAGUGUUGAACUCCUUUAACAAGUAACUUUAGUACGCUAAUUCUAUUGUGUGUUUUUCCCCAGCUCAGUGUUAUGUCCGAACCACAUCUCCGCCCAGCCAGCGCUACUUCCACCGCCUCGCCACUCCACCUGCAUUCUCCACUGGAUCUACAGACUAACCAGAUGAAUAACUUUUUUCCACCUACUCUGCCGUCUCGCUGUAUGAGUUUGGGUCCAGAACAGACAGACGAUAACACGGAGAAGCCAGGACAGACACGGAGUCUAGAAUCUAAAAUGCCAACUUAGCAACUUUGUUGCUAGAUUCAGCAAUUUUCCAGACUCUUUCAGACAGAUUAAAAAAUGUAUAUUUGGCACUUUUAGCAACUUUUGCUGUGACUAAAAUGAUAAAAUGCAUGCAUAUUCCCUCUAAAUGUAAAGAGGUGUCAAUUUUAACAUUUAAAAAACAAAAGAUGCGCUGCAUGAAUAUUUUUGCGGUGUUGGUACUAUUAUUUUCAGAUUUUCUUUUUUUAUAUUAAAAAAAUUAAAUGCAUUCCCAAAAGUAUUACGGAUGGUCAAAUGUCAACCAUAUCUAACAUAUUCAAACAUUUUCAAUAAAUUCACCUGAAUUAU